AUGACUGCUCCCUUGUCUGGCUCAGAAAUGUUUGGAGGUAUUCUCACCUCUGUCAUGGACCGAGUCAACAAUGACAAGGCGGCUUCAGCUAGGCUUGAGAAGCUUAGGGCUAAGCCUAAACCUGGCCGGGUGCAGCGUCCAGGUAAGCCUAAGAGGGGUGCUCAGACAACUCAGUCUCAGACUCAGACUCAGCCUCCUGUAGCUUCGGCUGUUCGAGACGAUCCAUGGUCAGGUCUCCAGCUUCCAAAGCCAGAUCUGCCCGUCGGGGGUCGUCUAUCCUCCUUCCUACCAGAAUGGAAGGAGCUCACCAAGGACAAGUGGGCAAUUUCGGUGGUUUCCGAGGGUCUAGGUAUUCCUCUCUUGAAGGAUCCUCCUCUGUCUGUGGACCCUAUCUUCUUUCCUCCACCAGGCGAUGUAGAGAAGGCUCAAGCCCUCUUAGACGAGGUCAAUUCCUUGAUAGCCAAGGGUGCUGUGGAGGAGCUUCCAAGGUCACUCUGGACUCCAGGCUUUUACUCCCGGAUGUUUCUUGUCAAGAAGAAAUCCGGGGCCUGGCGUCCGAUUAUAGACCUCAGUGCAUGUAGUCUCGCCACACUUCAAAAUGGAGACACCUCGAAGUAUCUUGACUUCGGUAGCUCCAGGUAUGUGGGCGACCUCAAUCGACCUCAAGGACGCUUAUUUCCAUAUACCGAUAAAGAAAUCGGUCAGGAAAUUCCUGAGAUUCACUUCUCAGGGCAGAGUGUUCCAGUUCAAGGCCAUGCCCUUCGGUCUGACCACCGCCCCUUUGGUGUUCACCAAGCUCCUUCAGGUGGUUGUGGGCUAUUUACACAGUCGCGGAGUAGAUAUCCAUAUUUAUUUCGACGACUCCCUGAUGCUGCAUAUAGACCCAGUCUCUCUGCGUUGCAGCACCAGGUCGGUCUUGACAACUCUUCUACGCCUAGGUUUUAUCCCUUCACGGGAGAAAUCCGAGGUUCUUCCAUCCCAGGACUUCAUUUUCCUGGGAAACCGUUUCCUUACGGAUCGGGGCCUCGUUCUUCCUCCUCAGUCCAAGUUCCAGAAAGCCAAGGAGUUGGUUAUUCUGCUCAACAGUCUGGACUAUAUUCAGGUCAGGUGGUUUCUGAGGCUUCUCGGAUUCCUCAAUUCCCUUUCGGAUGUCGUACCCCUGGGUCGGCUCCAUAUUCGCCCUCUUCAGAUGUUUCUUCUUUCCAAAUGGAAACCUGCAUCCCUCGAGUGGGAUGCUCGGAUUCCAUUGGAAGCUUCCGUCAAGGCCUCGGCCAUGUGGUGGGCUUUGGAGGCCAAUGUUUUGAAGGGCGUCUCUCUUCAGAGAGCGUCCCCUACAGUAACUCUGUAUACGGACGCAUCUAUGACGGGUUGGGGUGCCUACCUCAACGGUCAGUGUCGUUCAGGGGUCUGGCAGGGGGCUCAACUCCAGGAACACAUCAAUGUGCUGGAGAUGAGAGCAGUUCUGCUAGCCAUUCAGUCCCUACAGCCUCUGCUGCAGGAUCAGUCCAUUUGUCUGGCUACAGACAAUGCUACAGUGGUAGCUUAUUUGGAGAAUCAGGGGGGUACAAAGUCUCACAAGCUAUGUGCCCUCACUAUCAGGAUUCUUCUUCUUUGUCAGGAUAUGGGUCUGUCCCUCUCAGUGAGGCAUCUUCCAGGGCACCUGAAUGUUUUAGCAGACACGCUAUCCAGAUCACGGAGUCCAGUUAUCACAGAAUGGACCCUGAACAGGUCUAUAUUCAGGGCCAUCUGCAUGAUUUGGGAGACUCCUCUUGUAGAUCUGUUUGCCACAGCUCUGAAUUUCCAGAUUCAGACGUUCGUGUCUCCAGUUCCGGAUCCUUUGGCUUGGGAAGUAGAUGCUCUAUCCCUGAGCUGGGAGGGUCUUCUGGCAUAUGCCUUCCCUCCAUUCAACCUCCUGGGCAGGGUACUUCACAAGGUCAGGAAUCACGAUUGCUCGGUUCUCCUGAUAGCACCUCUGUGGCCCAGACAGCCUUGGUUUCCGGCUCUUCUGGAUUUGCUGGUAGAUCUCCCCUUGGCCAUUCCGGCCAGGUGGAAUCUCCUCAGCCAGCCCAAAUCCAGACAGUUUCACCCCAAUCCGGAACACCUACACCUUCACGCGUGGAGGCUAUCUCGGUCUGUCUCUUGCAGGCAGGCUUUUCUGCAGAAGUUACCGAUGGCAUCACAAGAUCUAUUCGAUCUUCCUCAUCUGCCAUCUAUGAGUCCAGAUGGUCAGUCUUCUGCAGUUGGUGUAUCAGCAGGAAGAUUGAUCCACUCGGUGCCUCUAUUCAGUUAAUAGCGGAGUUUUUCCUCUACCUUUUUAAGGUUAGGGAACUAGCGCCUAGCACCAUUCGAGGCUAUCGUUCAGCCUUAGCCAAUGUAUUUUCUUUUCGGGGUCGUUCAGAUGUUGGAACAUGUUCCACUCUCUCUAAUCUCCUCAGGUCUUUUUCGUUGGAGAAGCCUAAGGUAAGAAUCUUGACACCCCAGUGGGACUUGGCUUUAGUUUUGGACUCUCUUACAAGGUCUCCUUAUGAGCCUUUGGCUUCUGCUUCUGUUAAGUUCCUUUCUUGGAAGACUGUUUUCCUGAUUGCACUUGCCUCAGGUAGGCGGAGAAGUGAAAUACAUGCUCUUUCUUCUUCUCCGUCAUGUCUCAGGUGGUCACGAAACUAUUCCCUAGUGACCCUUCUCACUGACCCCUCCUUCUUGGCGAAAAACCAGGUUCCCAAUUUUUCACCAGAUCCUAUUAAGAUUCCUGCCUUAAAGGCUGUCUCUGGUCCCAAUGAUCAGGAUCUGCUACUUUGUCCUUGUAGGGCUUUGAAGUUUUAUCUUGAUAAAACUAAGGGGGGGCGGCAGGGUCCUAGACCUCGUCUGUUCUUGUCCAUCAAGGCAAAGCAGUCUGAUAUAUCUUCUCAGACUAUUUCCAGGUGGAUCUGUGAAACUAUUCAGAAAGCCUAUGAGGGGUCUACUGCAGAGACUCGUGACAGUGUUCGGGUUAGGGCACAUGAAGUUAGGGCUCUAUCUGCCUCUUGGGCUUUUCUCAAUGGAACCUCAUAUGAUGAGGUCAUGGCAUCUGCCUUUUGGCGAGGCCGCAACACCUUUGCAGACUUCUAUCUGCGGUCGCUGUCCUCCCAUGCAGAUGGGUUAUAUUCUCUGGGUCCUCUUGUCACUGCUCAGUCAGUCACUUGUCCCCAGUCAAUCCUUAGGGAGGUUCCAUUGCGGUUUCUGUUUUUAAAGAGUUUUAUUGUAAAUAUCCCAGACCCUUAA